GUUUCGGGCUAUCGCUGAUUGUGCUUCUUAAGUAGGCUUUUCCCAGAAACACCAUUAGUGAGAAAUAUUUGGUUUAUUCUCUGUAUACGCCAUAAAUCUCUUCACAAGAUGCAAACUUGUUAAAGGCAAAAGAAAAGCUAACGUGGAAGACGAUGCAGUGGUACUUUGUUGCCGCGCUUCUCACUGUCCUCACUAGCUCACAGGGAAUCUUGACAACUCUAUCCCAAAGUAAUGGCAAGUAUAAGUAUGACUAUGCAACUGUUCCAUUUCUUGCUGAAGCGUUCAAGCUAGCAGUUUCUAGUUUACUUCUUUGGCGUGAGUGUAAACAAUCACCUUCUACACGGAUGACCACGGAUUGGAAAAGCAUGCGUCUAUUUCCUAUUCCUUCAAUUAUAUAUCUAAUUCAUAACAACGUUCAAUUUGCUACUCUGGUUUAUGUGGAUACAUCCACGUACCAGAUAAUGGGAAAUCUGAAGAUUAUUACCACUGGCAUAUUGUUCAGACUGUUCCUGAAGAGGAAGCUGUCUAAUCUGCAAUGGAUUGCUGUUGGUCUCUUAGCUAUUGGAACAACCACAAGCCAGGUUAAAGGUUGUGGAGAAGCUUCAUGUGAAUCUUUGUUCUCGGCACCAAUACAAGGAUAUAUGUUGGGAAUCCUUUCAGCUUGUCUUUCAGCUUUAGCUGGUGUUUACACAGAGUUUCUGAUGAAGAAGAACAAUGAUAGCUUGUACUGGCAGAAUUUACAAUUGUAUACAUUUGGUGUGAUUUUCAAUAUGGCACGGCUUGUCAUGGAUGAUUUCAGGGGUGGAUUCGAGAAUGGACCGUGGUGGCAACGCCUUUUCAAUGGAUAUUCCUUAACAACUUGGCUGGUGGUCUUAAAUCUUGGCUCCACUGGCUUGCUGGUUUCAUGGUUGAUGAAAUAUGCUGACAAUAUCAUUAAGGUGUACUCAACAUCUAUGGCAAUGCUUUUAACAAUGGUUUUAUCAGCCUACCUUUUCAACUUCAAGCCCACAUUGCAGCUCUUCUUGGGUAUUUUAACCUGUAUGAUGUCAGUGCACAUGUAUUUUGCCCCUCCAAACAUGCUCGUGGAUAUUCCUUCAACUGUUAAGGCAGCUCCUGGCAAUCUGAAAGAAGUUACUGUUGAAGGAAGAACAGAUUCUUGAUCUGCUCAAGGGAAAUUGAUUCUUUUGUGAGAUUUGUAAUGAAAGCUAGAUCUACAUGCAAUUGACCACAACGUUAGUAUAAUGGAGAGGCAUCCUAUAAGUGGAGUCACAGAACCUUCCUUAUGCAUCUUGAUUCCUCUUUGCUAUCAGAAAUCGCUGACUAAAGAGAACAAUUCACUCCGGCUGAUAAUAACACUGCUUCGAUCAAUUUCAAUCACAUGAAAUAGGUUAAUCAAUGAUUUAGUGUCUUUAAAUUCUUUGUUAUAUGCUGAUGUUUUAAAACAAAAUUUUAUUUAGUUGAUUUAAAACCAAAAAAAAAAGGAAGACAAAA